AUGUGGCUCGCGCGGACCCUCCUCGCUCUGGCACUUCUUUGCGCACCGGUUUCCAGCCUCUGCUUACCAACGUACGACCCCGUGUCCAACUUUCUUUGCAACAAUGAAGUGUUCUCUGAGACGAAUGAUAACGGGCAACCAGCAAAUUCCCUGCUGGACAGUCUAAAACUCCUGUACAAAUCAGCGCACUCGCUUUCCUCCGAGGAGCCACGCGAAAGGAGGACAAUACCCGCGUCCAAAUACAGAUACUUGAGCCAGACGCAGCUCAGAAGUAAACUGUACCGUAAUAGUACGAAGAGCGACCGACGCAGCCAGGUCACUCUUUCCCUCGAUGUCCCCACCAACAUAAUGAACAUCCUCUUCAACAUUGCCAAAGCCAAGAACCUGCGCGCAAAGGCGGACGACAACGCGCGCUUGCUGGCGCAGAUUGGAAAGAGAAAAUGA